GUGACUUGUUUCGGUUUCGGUUUCUCCCCGGGUUAGUUAGAGACUCGGUCGAAGUUAGUGUGUUCUUACUGAAAACAUCAAUGGCUCAGUGGGGCUCAUACGGUUCUUACUGGCAAGGUGCUUGUCCAGGAUAUUAUGAUUAUACACAACCUGCUCAGACAUAUGAUUAUAAUCAUCAAACCAUUCCAGUUUCAUCAGUUCAAGAAAAACCUUCCACACCUCCCCCACCCGGAGUAGAAUCUACUGCUCCCAAGAUGGAUGGGACUGUUACAAUGACAAGCUCCAUUUCAGCAACUUAUGACACAUCGUGGUGUACUUCGACUCCAUUUCAUUCUCAAAACUUCUCUUGUGCUUAUAAUUAUUCACCUGCGCUCCCAUCCCGUCAACCGGUCAUGUUCGACCCAAGUCCACAGAGGCCUAUGAUGCCAAACGUUUCGUAUCCUUCAUAUGGUUCUCCACAGUUCCCGUUGCAUAUGCGAAGUCAGUUAGGGUGUAACUGGAACGCAGCUAGACCUACUUAUGGUUAUCCAGUUAAUGGAGGUGCGGUUCAGUCGUUUGGUAUGUGGCCUGACGGAAGACCAUCUGUUCAUUCCAAUGGUUUGGCAGUGACGGGUCCACGGUUUCCAUUCCAGAGUACUUUAGAUUCUCCAAACACAGUGGCUAUUGAAAAUACUGCGAAUACCCCAAUUUCUAAAGAAGUGUUACAGCAACCACCUGCUAGUUUUCAGGACAAAGGAGCAAAAGAGCAGUGGAGCGAUGAGCUCAAAGAGUACGUCCAGCGAGCUUUCUGCAGCAUUGAUACAAGUGAGGAAAAAGAUCAAAUGGAACGGAUUUUAAAAGAAAAAUUGGAGUACGUUUUUAGAAAUAACAUCAAGGUCGAUUGGAAGACAGAAAAUAUCCCAACUAUCCCUAGUCGUGCGAUUGCUAGUUUCCGUAAAUCCUUUAAUAUCAGGGGUAAUUCUGUCAAUGUCGUGCGACCUGUUCAACUUCCCAGUCCUCGUGGACUUCGCCCAACGGGUCCAUCAAGGGGAGCUCCUGCACGUCUUCCUGUUGGGCUUUUGUCGAGAGGUGGCCGCAAUGUGUUUUCGCCUUCAGUUGUUAAGAGUAUAUCACCAUCCAAAAAGUUGCCAUCGAAAUCUCGCUCACCUAGUCGUUCUCCUGUUUCCAAACCUCUAAAAGAUUGGCAGAGAAAGCGUUUAUAUAGAUCCAGGUCUAGUUCAUCUUCAAAAUCACGUGGCUCCCCUCAUUCUUCAUCCUCAAGUAGUUUCAGGACAAAACGCCAUCGGCGUCGGGAUUCUCGGUCGCGCUCUGGUUCUCGGCAUGCACAGAGAAAAACGAAUGAUGUAAAGGAUUCUCAGAAAAGUACACCGCAAUUAACCACCAGGGGUAAUUCCAAAGGUAGACGGCGGAGACGCGGUGGUGCUUCGAACGCCGACACAAGUACGGACGCAAAUACCUCUAAUGAAGAUGGGACAGCUGUAAGGGGUCGUGGACGUGGCAGCUGGCGUGGUAAACGUGGAAAUAUUUCAAAGCAUACUCCUCCAAGCGAAUCUCGCCUUACACAACGAGCCAGUAGAUUUAAAGAUCAUCUAGUGCAGUCACCUAUUGGAUCAGGUUCCAUUGGACGAACCACCAGUCAGUUGCUUUCGAAUUACACUGACGAACGUGAUGAUCUAGCUGUUGAUUUUGGUAGCUGUCAAAUCAUUGGUACCAUGCAAGAAAUAGAAAAACAAUACUUAAGACUGACUCGAGCCCCAAAUCCUACAGAAGUGCGACCCUUAGCAAUUUUGAAGCUUUCUUUGGAGCACGUCAAAGAAAAGUGGCGUUCAAAUACUGAUUAUCACUGGGUGUGUGAGCAGUUCAAAAGUAUACGUCAAGACUUAACUGUACAAGGUAUCGAAGAUGAUUUUGCAGUAUCAGUUUAUGAAGCACAUGCAGAUGUAGCCUUAGAAGCUGGGGAUUUUGAAGAAUUUCAUCAAUGUCAAAGUCAGUUGCUUCGUCUCCAUAAAGAAGGCUUAGGUGUUAGUAGACUGCUAGAAUUUACUGCCUACAGACUUCUUUAUUACAUCUUCACUCUCGAUAUUUUAGGUAUCAAUACUAUCAUGGCUGGUUUACGUCCAACUCACAAAACUAAUCCAUGUGUUUCAUUUGCUUUAAAACUCCGGUCAGCGUGGUCGUUGAGUAAUUAUCACCGUUUCUUCAAACUUCUUUGUCCAUCUAAUGAUGAUCAACAACCUCCCUUACGGUGCAAACAUGUUGUAAACUGGUUUGUUGAUCGUGAAAGAAAAGAGGCUAUCAGACUAAUGUUUAAGGUGUACGUUGUGUUGUGAUUUGUAAUAAUAGUUUUAUAACUUGUAGGUGGUAUUAUUAGGGUUACUAAUGGUAAGAUUGUUUCUAGCGUUAAAAGAAAGAAAAAGCUAUACUUAAUCAUCUAAGUUUGUUUAUGAUCGUUCAGGGAAUGGACUGUUUUUUCACUUAUCACAAAUAUUGUUUCAUUAUCACUAGCUAGUUGAUUUUAUUAUAACUACUGCUAUUAAUUAAUUUUGACUGAUACUAGGAAGAACUAUGACAGUAGUCAUCAUCACAACACAAGAUAAUUAUAGUUUAUGUGAUGCUGGUAAUAUUUCUUCUACUUGAACCGAUUGCAAGAUCUCAGUCAUUACAAAAUUCAGCGCCUUAAAUAUGGUUUCUAUUUAGGGUAAACAGUUUUGAAAUGAUCAUUGGCUUAAUAGUCACCCAGAUCUCGUAACCAAUGGUUGGAGACUCUGGAUGACAUGGCUCAGAAUCGAUCACAAAGGCGUGGGUGUAUACACUCUUUGUCUUCCCUUAAACCAUGAGAUUAAAAUUGCUUUAUACCUUUCUUUCUACAAACUGAUUCUUUCUCCCUGUAUCAUACAAUUAUAUAAAAUCUUUCUUUUAUAUAUUACUACCAUUGAAGUAACUAUUUCUGUGAGUCUAGUGUUCAUCUUGUGCUAAUAAGGUGUGGUAACUUGGACAGAUACAUAUAUGUACCUGAUCGUACGUUGUAGCUGACUGACUGACUAAUAGUCAAUGUUGUAAUCUUGAUAAAGUUCCAAUCGAAAGUGUUUCCUUACGUAGCGAGAUCGUACUAAAACUGCACAAAUAUUGAACACCAAAACUGUCCACGUAUGUUUUUUUUUUAAAAAAGCAACUCUAUUAGGACAUUUUAUGUAACAAAUAUUUGGAAUUUUACGAAUUUUCUUUCACCACUAAAUCAUGCCACUUCAUUAAUUUUAAAAGUCGGAUGUGUUGUAGCUCACUAACUGACAGAUGCGUUGAACGCGUAAGCUCAUUAAUAUUUAAGUUCUUUGUGUCUAUUAGAACGAUAGGCUUAUUUUUUUCCUUUGCAGUAAUCAUCAAUAUGUAUACUCAGUUAGCCUUUGACAUCUAAUCUAACUUUUGUGCCCUCAAAUGUUGACGAUUACUUAAUAUUAGUCAGAUUAAUGUUUAACGUUAUGUGUUUUAGUAUAUUUUUUGUGCCUAUAUCAUAUUUAUCCGUCCUAGUAUGUUUGUAAGUUGUGGUAGUUUACUUUUUAAUGAAAAAUUAAUUUCAUGGACACGUUCCGCUUUCUCUCUUCUUGUACUUCAUUUGCUAUCGGAGAAGUCUGUUUCUUGUUAAUUUUGAUUCGAUGCUUUCUACUUAAGUAUACGUAUAUGCACUUAAUUUUUGUAAUUAAAUUUUUUCUUAACAGAUUUUUGUGCUUCCUUCAAAAUCAUAAAUCUUUAAGGUAUACGGCUUUGUAAUCUUUUUACGUAUUCAGUUCAUGUUUAUGUUUUAAUUUUGCAUACUGAUAAUUCUGAAUUUUUUUCUAUUUACUACUAUCUGCAAAUAUCGUUUACGUGAAUUUCGCUUGAUGCCCUCAACGUAUUCGUUUGUUUUCAAUAUGGAUUCUUCCACUACACUUGCUAAUGUUAAUUGCUUAUUUCAAUUAUGAUCUUUUUUCUGAUCUUUCAAACCCAUUUCCUACGAAAUAUCCCCACUUUUAGUUUCCGUCCUACAAUAAGUCUUUCGUUUAUAUCAAAAUUAAUCGGGUUUUCCUCUACUGCUUUAUGUAAAGAUUUUAUUUGUAAAGAAUUUACUCUACCAGAAUCCAGUUUGGAGCCGAUAGAAAAAAUCGAUGCGAAGGUGGUUUGGAGUCUUAUGUGUUCACAGUCACCAUGAAUCGAUGCUGCUACUUCAUCGUUCAUCUGGAUGUGAGUUCCUACAAUGUGGCAUUAAAUUCUUCAGUGACGGUUGUAUUUCGUAAAUAAUAUCAGAUUAUUGUACAUAAGUUUAUAUAUAUUAUCAGAAUAAUUUUAUUUCCACAUA